CGCGGAGUCGGUCGCUACACACGUGACGCACCUGACGACAACGGUCACAUCAACACCGAGCAUCACUCCAGCAUGCAGACCUGCUACUACCCUCAGCUGCCUUAUCUCACGGACCAUGCAGAGCUAUCAGCCAAACAACCAUCUACUGAAGAUCUGCUGGACUUUGCCACAGAUGAGUGUCAGUCCACUGAUACACAUUUAAUGACACAUGAAGACCACACAGAUCUGGAUCUCUCUCUAGAGCUGAAUAGACAGCUUCAUGCCACACUCAGGAGAAAGCAAGAGGAAAUAUCUGCCCUGAAGGAGACAAAUGCCCAGCUGAGAAAUCUGGCUGAACAGACUGAACAUUAUGCCACAAUACUAGAUGCCCUGACAACAUCGUUCCAGAGAGACUCAGUAUCACACUGCACUCCUGUGAGGCCAACAGAGGAUCACUCUUCUGAACACUCCUGGAUCUCUCUGCUGACACAGGAAGAGCCAUCAGAUCCAUCACCCACAGCUUUAACUAACUCCACCACCACUGACAAACAAAGCCCAACAUCAGGGGUCAAGCGGCAGCUGUGGUCCAGCUGGAAUUACCUUCUCUGCGGAGAUGCUGAAGACAACAUCUUGAACUGUCCGUCCAGUUCCAAGCAGCCCAGGCUUGAAAAUGAACUUGUACAAGUAGACUUGGAGCAUCUGAAGGCCCAGCUGGACCAGGAUGAACAGGCUCCUCGGCAACUAAGUGAAGAUUCAGGCCUGACCCAGAAUCAAAGCCUUGAGAUGUCCUCUGGAGAGUUGAUUGCACAAAGGGUGAACAUAUUUGGGGCUUUCCAUGGGCUUCGAGUGGUUACACAAACCCCAUCUGUCAUAUCUGAUCUUAAAAUGAGUGGAGAUGAUGGAAAAGUGUGCUUUAAGACCGCAAUCAGGGACCACAGUACAGUAAAGACCAAGGUUUUCCCACAUGGAAAGGCUUUCACUUCUCACACACCAAGUGGAUCUUGUAGGUUCCUUUGGGUUCCUAAUGAGCACUGAACAGCUUUAUGAUUCAAAGAGUUGAAUUUGUGAAAAAAACAACUUUGUUCAGUUUAGACCAACAAAGGUCCUUAUUUGAGCAAGGCUGCUUUUGAAUUCCCACCAUUGGUCAACCUUUCAGAACUCCCUUAAAACUAAAGGUUCUUUAUUGGAAUCAAUGAUUCCAUGAAGAACCUUUAACAUCCAUGGAACA